CCAGAGCAGAGCACAUACAGCAAUGGCAGCAGAUAUUAAAAUGCUCUUUUGCUUUGGACUUGCUGUUGUACUAACAGGUGUGGGAAAGUCUGCGCUUAUUGGGAAGAGCCACAGCGAUGGAAAGGACGAUGUCCUGCUGCAGUAUGUUGUUAACAACUCACUGAGGGAGCAUCCAGUCCUCACCAAACUCAAACUGAGAACCCUUGAGGAUGAGUGGAAUAGAAUGAUGGUUGCCAUUGAACAGGCCCAGUUAAUGGCAAAUCUUAUUAGACUCAUCAAUGCAACUAAAGCUAUUGAAAUUGGGAUGUACACGGGGUAUAAUGCACUGAGCAUGGCUUUGGCCAUGCCAGAGAGUGGACAUGUGGUGGCUUGUGAAAUAUCAGAGACCUAUAUCGACAUUGCCAAACCAUUUUUUAAAGAGGCUGGGGUUGAAAGUAAGAUAGACAUACGGCAGCAACCUGCAUUGGACACACUGAAUGAACUGAUUGCAGCCGGCGAAGCUGGAACAUAUGACUUUGUGUUCAUCGAUGCUGAUAAAUUGAACUAUGACAACUACUAUGAGAAGUCCCUUGAGCUCAUACGAAAAGGGGGUAUUAUUGCAAUUGACAAUGUGCUGUGGAGCGGAAAGGUUGUGAAUCCUGCUGCUGAUGACCACACCUCCCAGGCUCUGGAUGCACUCAAUAAGAAGCUGCACAAGGACGAGAGGAUUGAUCUGAGCAUGCUCACUGUGGGUGAUGGGCUGACCAUAGCCAUUAAACGAUAAAAUCACAAGAUUAAAAAAAAGUUACAUGUUUGUUAUAAUGGUGCAUUAGUUUUGAUAUUGAAUAUAAGCUUAGAAUGUCAUAUGUGGAUUAUAUUGCCUUCUGUAUUUUUUGUCAGCUACAACAAUCAUCCAAGGAAUGCU